UCGGUUCUUAUUUAUUUUUUCAGACAAUGGAAUAGAAAAACCUGAAGAAACAGAACAGACUCCUAUUCAGCUCCGACGAGGCGAUCAUAUUUCUCAUUCUUCCAAUCCGAACAGACCCUUCUCUAUAAUCAGUUAUGCUGUUGCUGUUAUUACGGUAAGAGAAGGGUUCUGGGAAUCUCCAAGAGGUUUAUAAUAUCAUGGCAAAUAACUUAGCAGGUCAGUUGGCGGGUUCAGAGAUACAUGGAUUCCACACAUUGCAAGAGCUGGAUGUGGGGAGCAUUAUGGAGGAAGCAAGAACCAGGUGGCUUCGUCCCAAUGAGAUUCAUGCCAUGCUUUGUAAUUACAAGUAUUUCACCAUUAAUGUCAAGCCAGUGAAUUUACCCAAAAGUGGUACUAUUGUAUUAUUUGACCGCAAGAUGCUUAGGAACUUUCGAAAAGAUGGUUACAACUGGAAAAAGAAAAAGGAUGGGAAAACUGUUAAAGAAGCCCAUGAGCAUUUAAAAGUUGGUAAUGAAGAAAGGAUCCAUGUAUAUUAUGCACAUGGCCAAGACCACCCAAACUUUGUUCGUAGAUGUUAUUGGCUGCUUGAUAAGAGUUUGGAACACAUAGUCCUUGUUCAUUACCGGGAAACACAGGAGUUGCAUGGUUCUCCUGUAAAUUCAAACUCUGUUACGGCCUCUGAUCCAACUGCACCACUGAUUUUAUCAGAAGAAAUAGAUUCAGGGACAACAACUGCAUAUACUGGUGAGGUUAAUGAUUAUAUAAGAGUCGAAAGUCAUGAACGGAAGCUUCAUGAGCUUAAUACACUUGAAUGGGAUGACCUGGUGGUUGUAAGCGAUCCUAGCACCUCUGCUACAACUAAUGGAGGCAAAUUUCCUUAUUUUGACAGACAAAAUCAAAUUUUACGGAAUAAUAGUUUUGGCAAUGUAGCCAGCAAUCCACCUGCAGAAAAUCCUACUUUUAAUAAUUUAACUCAGCCAAUUGCUGGAAGCAAUAGUGUUCCUUACAAUUUUUCAGAAGGUGUUAAUCUUCAGACAGUGGACAAUCAAGUAAAUCCAAAUGAGCAAAGGAAUGAUCCUGUCUCUCUAGGUGGUGUUGAUUCCUUGGACCCUUCAGUCAAUGACACAUUGCAAAGUCAGGACAGCUUUGGAAUGUGGGUGAACCACAUCAUGUCUGAUUCACCAUGUUCAGCCGAUGGGUCAGCGCUUGAAUCCUCAGUAUCAUCCAUUCAAGAACCAUAUUCGUCUCUGGUAGUGGAUAAUCAGCAACAUUUUCUGCCAGGACAAGUAUUUAAUAUCACUGAUGUGUCCCCUGCAUGGGUGUCUUCCGCCGAGAAAUCAAAGGUCCUGGUGACUGGAUUCUUUCUUAAGGAAUAUCUGCAGCUCUCAAAGUACAAUCUAUUGUGUGUCAUUGGUGAUGUAAGCGUUCCUGCAGAAAUUGUUCAGAACGGGGUCUACAGAUGCUGGGUAUCAUCACAUUCUCCUGGAUUCGUGAAUCUCUUCUUGAGCUUUGAUGGUCAUAAGCCGAUAAGCCAAGUUGUUAAUUUUGAGUAUCGUACUCCUGUUUUGCAUGACCCAGCAGCUUCUUUGGAAGAGAAGGACAGCUGGGAUAAAUUUCGACUUGAAAUGAGGCUUGCUUGUUUGCUCUUUGCUAAACAACAGACUCUUGAUAUUAUCUCUUGUAAAGUGUCACCUAAUAGACUGGAGGAGGCUAAGGAAUUUGCUCUCAAAACAGCAUUUAUUUCCGAUAGUUGGCAAUACUUAAUCAAAUCAACCGAAGACAACCAAAUUCCAUUUUCACAAGCAAAAGAUGCCCUUUUUGGAAUUGCAUUGAAAAACAGAUUAAAGGAAUGGAUUUUGGAAGGAAUUGUUUCAGGCUCUAAGACUACUGAGUUUGAUGCACAAGGCCAGAGUGUAAUACAUUUGUGUGCAAUUUUGGGAUAUAAUUGGGCCGUUUCCUUAUUUUCAUGGUCAGGCUUGUCACUGGAUUUCCGCGAUAAAUUUGGAUGGACAGCACUUCACUGGGCAGCAUAUUGUGGAAGAGAGAAAAUGGUUGCAACUCUGUUGUCUGCUGGGGCAAAGCCAAAUUUGGUCACAGAUCCAACUGCACAAAACCCUGGUGGAUGUACUGCUGCUGAUCUUGCUUAUAUGAGGGGCUAUGAUGGCUUAGCAGCUUACCUUUCAGAGAAGUCUCUGGUUGAGCAGUUUAAUGACAUGAGCUUAGCUGGAAAUAUCAGGGGUUCACUGGAAACUACCAUGGAUGAUCCGGUAAAUUAUGAGAACCUUACCGAGGACCAGCUGAACCUGAAGGACACUUUGGCAGCGUACCGAACAGCUGCUGAGGCAGCGUCGCGCAUACAAGCUGCAUUUAGGGAGCACUCCCUAAAAUUGCGAACUGAGGCAAUUGAGUUUUCCAGUCCAGAAGCUGAAGCGCGUGAUAUAGUGGCAGCAAUGAAGAUUCAGCAUGCCUUUCGCAACUUUGAGACAAGAAAAAUGAUGGCAGCUGCUGCUCGAAUUCAGCAUACAUUCCGUACAUGGAAGAUUCGUAAAGAAUUUCUCAACAUGCGUCGUCAGGCAAUUAAAAUUCAAGCUGCUUUCAGGUGCUUUAAAGCGCGGAAGCAAUAUCGUAAAAUUCUCUGGUCCGUUGGUGUGGUUGAGAAAGCAGUGCUGCGGUGGCGUUUGAAGAGAAAGGGCUUUCGGGGGCUCCAUCUUAAUACCGUGGAAUCAACAGAAGAUCAAAGUCAGAACAGUGAUGUAGAGGAAGAAUUCUUUCGAACCGGUAGGAAGCAUGCUGAAGAGCGUGUAGAGAGAUGUGUAGUGCGUGUGCAGGCUAUGUUCCGUUCUAAGAAAGCACAAGAAGAGUACAGGAGGAUGAAGUUGGCCCUUAAUCAAGCAAAGCUGGAACGGGAAUAUGAACAACUCCUCAGUAGUGAAGUUGACAUGAAACAGAAGAAGACAUAAGUUGGUCAAAGUUCCAAGAAAUGUUAUUAUUGUUGGCACUCAAAUGUGAGGGGUCAGGGGAGAUUGGUGCUGUUUUUGCAUAUCAUGUAAAUUCCCCCUCCUUUCAAAUUUCGAUAAUAUCCAAGAAUGGGGUCAUCUAUGAAGUUUUGAUGUGUGAUUGGGCUCUCUAGGGUUAAUUUUUGUGUGCGACUGAAACGUGCUGUCCCAAAGUUGAAUAGACAGAACCCCGGGUGAUAGCAUGUUUAGAUUAGCUUCUAUUUCUUCAAAAUCAAUUUUGACACCCAUAAGCUACUUAGAAUAGUUUUUUCCUAAAAUUGUUUUUACUUCAAAAUUAAUUGUAGAAAGAUCAUGAAACAUACAUGAGUAAGAUAACUAGCCUCUUCAUUUCUUGCACCUGAGAAGGGGGCUGGUGCUACCUAAGACCAGGGAGAAAAUUUUCUAUUGUAUUGAUAAGUAUAGUUUGCGCCAAAAUAUCUCCAAAAUUUUCACAUGUAUAAAGAUGUUCUUUAUAUUUU